AGUGCAGUACAUCAUAUGACUACUGUCGUGAAAUGUUUACGCUGUGGAUGCGAAGCGCUUUACGUCUUAUUCCUUGCAAUGAAGGACCGGAUCUGUUCAGUUUUUGUGGUGUAUAAUAUUUGAAUGUGUCUUUUACAGGCUGACUCUGGGACAGUGGAGGAGGAUGGACCCUGUAGUGUUGAGUUAUAAGGACAGUCUGCUGCGGCGCUCUGAUCUGUCUUUACUGGAGGGUCCUUACUGGCUCAAUGACCAAGUCAUUGGUUUUGCCUUUGAGUACUUCUCUGCUGAGCUGUUCAGGGUUCUAGGAGACACCAUCAUCUUCAUCAGCCCAGAGGUCACACAGUUUAUCAAAUGUGCUUCCUGCCCUGAUGAGCUGGCCAUAUUUCUGGAGCCACUGGAUCUGGCCUCCCGCCGCUGGGUUUUUCUCGCUGUGAACGACAACUCCAACCAGACGGCUGGAGGGUCCCACUGGAGCCUUUUGGUCUACCAUCACAAUUCCAACCAUUUUUCACACUAUGACUCUCAAAACGGCAGUAAUUCGGUGCAUGCACGGCGCAUUGCCAGCAAGUUGGAGUCCUUCCUGGGCAGAGGGAGAAAACUGCAGUUUGUGGAGGAGCCCUGCCCUUCACAGCAGAACAGCUAUGACUGUGGCAUGUAUGUUAUCUGCAUCGCCGAGGCCUUGUGUGAGAAGGCAAGGGUCGAAGGCUCACCACGCCUUCCUGUGCAAAUCAUUACCCCGUCCUACAUCACCCUGAAGAGGGCUGAAUGGUGCAGACUGAUCCAGGGCUUAGCUCAGAACGACAUGUGCCGAUCAGUGUCGUUUGAUUAGCACGUCGGUACACGCAGAACUGGUGAUAGCCGUCACAUAUCUUUAACAGAAGCAUCUGAAUGCACUCCUUAAAGACAGUAUUUACCAAUAUAUAUGAAAUACAUUUCUAUUACAAUCUAUACUACUGUAUGCCAGAAAAAAUAAAUAUGAAUAAAUAAAGCGAUGGUGCAAAUCUUGACACCAUACAGUUGGUGUGAUGUACUGUAGAGCCCUCUCAUAUGCACAGUAAGAUCCACAAUAAUCACCAGCAUGCCUAUAAAAGGAUUUUUUUUUUGUACAUAUUUAUGAGAAUUGGGGGAAAACAUUAGGUGGGAGAGAAAGCACACACACACACUUUUCUUCCCUUCAUUUUACUGGUUUGGAGUGAAUGUAGAAAUGUUUACACAGAUAUUUUGCUCAGGGUCAUCCUAAAUGAACUAGAAUUGACGAGAAGAAUGUGCAUCUCAACCUUGGCUCUGACUGUUCUGGUCACAUUUACUUUGUUUCUCUGUUUGAACAGCUGUCGUCUCUGUUCUGCAGUUCAAAGAAAGUCUGCUGCAUGAGAGAGAAGAUGUGCUGGAAUGUAUGUUGUGUUCUUAAUUAAAGACAAUAUGUGACACA